CUUUCUUUUUCCUUUUUCAGCUUUUAGUAAAAUUUUACUAUCCUUUUAACACUUUAUGGCUUCCUUCCAACACCGCUCGAUUUUUGCACCCUGCUCACCUUUGAGCAAUUGUCUUUUUAUCAACGCACAUUUAUGUUUGUCAUCAUCUUUUUAGCAUUUCAUAGUUUUCAAUCUUUAAAUGGGUGGCUACAGCUGCAAUCACUAAUCUUAACAUACUACUAAUGUUAAAUAGUAGCACUAACAUCUAGCAGCAGUAGUAGUAAUUGUAUUAAUCUUGUAAUAGUAAAUAACACUGAUGGCGUCACUUCGAUGUAUCUCAUUUACUUUUUUUCUUUUAUGCCACGCAGCUGAUGUGACUCGACCAUCCAGUCAGCCAGAACCUCUGCGCUCUGCAACAAGAGCUGCUGUGCCAGAACAGCGUCCUCUGCCCACAGAAGAACUGUUGCUGCCUGAAGGAUGGAGACAGACCCUGCCCAAAGAGCAGCAUUUGUGGGUCAGCAAGGCUCUUUUCACCAGAGACAAGUCUGGGAGGCUGGCGCUGACCAAAAACCUGCGUCUCUGGUGGCAUCCUCCUGGGCCCCGUCCUCUGUAUACACAGCCUCCUUCAUCACCUGACAGCUUCUUUCAUGCCAGGCUUUUCCUGUGGAUCCCUUACCGCUUGUGGUCAUACCGGCUGCUGUGCUCACAGCCCAACUGUCGCCGUCUUGGCUUCCCACUGACAGCGUGUGGGAUGUACAAGACUGUCAGGAGGGUCUUGGAUGUCAGUGGCUGGUACUUCAUGGCUACAGAAUAUCUCGAAUGCCGGUCCUGCAAAAAAAAGCUGGCAGGCUGGUCUCAGGAUAUUCUGAACCAGCUCGAUCCUGUCCACAGGGAAAUGUUUCCUGCGGUGUUGACCUACAGGCUGUCGUGUGAUAAGGAGAUUGUGAGGUGGAUGCGGGGGCGCUCAUUGGGGAACAGUGCAACUUCUGUGCACCGGAGCCUAUGCGUCAGGCACAGAGAGCAUUGGAUUGCCCAGACAACCCAUUUCCUCUCUGUGAUUGGGAAAUUCCCAGACCAUGCCACAGACCCUAGCAGUCUCGCUAACCAGCUGCCUCAGAUGGUACCUGUGCCUUGUCCGGGAUGGCUGCUGUCAGUUUAUGCCAAAGACGUACUGACACGGCUGCCGGAACUAAAGGCCAGGGUGACUUCUAUCUAUGGAACCAUCCUAAAAAUGGAUUCCACUAAGAAGGUAAGGUAACAUCACCAUUAGUAGAGAUAGGUGUAGGCUACAUCACCCUUUUUUCUGUUACAAAAUUAGACAUUUUUCAAUGUAAACUGACAGGUCUAUCCACUUUAAUUCUUUUCAUCCCAUUUCAGGUCACUAAGAAACUGGCUGGUGAGGCUGCCGGUACAGCGGCAUGGGUCACAGAUGUGGGAAAUGAGUUUGGGCAGGUCCUCAUGUGUGUCCUCACUGAGGCAGAGGGUGACGGUCUGCUUCCCAUGUGCUCUGGACUUGUGGAGCGGUACCGUAGAGCUGGAGAAGCUCCUCCCCAAGUCCUAUAUGUGGACCGUGACUGCUGCUCUGCCACUGGGAAAGGAAAGGCGGCAGCAAUGUUUGGUGAGUGGGACCAGCUGCUUGUCAGGCUGGACGUGUGGCACUUCAUGCGGAGGUUUGCAGUAGGAGUGACCACAGACAGCCACCCGCUUUAUGGCCCCUUCAUGAAACGCCUCACCGCAUGCAUCUUUGAAUGGGAUGCUUCGGAUGUGGAGAGGCUAAAGGAGGCCAAGCGGUUGACAGGCUGCCAGCCCACCCCUAAAGAACUGGCAAAGCAUUGCCGCCGCCGCACUCGAGGGGCCCAGGAGUCUGAGCAGCUCACUGAGAAGCUGCUUACAGACUUUGGUGGGGCUACAGACACCAUGGGCAUCAAGCUCCUUGACCAGGAGAGGAUGCGGGAGAUCUGGCGAACCCAGCAACGCCACAUGCAGUGCAUCCAGGACCCGCCAGGUGUACAGCUGUACAGGAAGACGGGACAGGUGACCAAGGAUGGGGUCAUUCUACCCGUGUACCGCUGUGCACGUGGCUCGACAUCCCUGGAGUCGUUCCACCUGCACCUGAAUCGCUUCGUGCCAGGUACAAGUGCAAAUGCGUUGCAUUUCCAAAUGUACCUGUUGGAAGGACUGGUGCAGUGGAACGAGGCACGUGGGGUCGCUGCAGUUGAAGGUGCCAGCAGGGAGGAGAUCUGCUAUGGUGGCCAGCUGCUGCAGUACUGUAAUGCACUGAGCCAGCAGCUUCUGGGUCUGAAACUGGCUCAGGAUUACACUAGCCCCGGUGAAUACACAGGAGAGCUCCUUGGUGUGGAAUAUUUGUAUUCCCAAACCAGGAGAGCUUUUGAGGAGGACUUAGGUGUAGAUCCUGAUAUUCCAGAUGGGAUUCGGGAUGAAGACCUGCAGGGUGAUCUGGAGGGGGAUGAGGGGUUUGAGGAUCUAUGCCUUGAUGAGUCCACAGAAUUUUUGGAACUCGAGGGCAAUGACCUGCAGCCCCCUCAGGGACAGACAGUGGCCCUACAACCUCCUGAUCAGCCCUCAUCAUCAUCAUCAGCAGCUGAGUCUUCCUCUCCUGCCUCGGGCACUCAGAGCCAGAUGGAAAGUGUGGGACCAGAUGGCCAGGGUGGUUAUGACCACGUCAUCAGGCUGGCCGACAGUCUGGUUGACCUGCGCCUUCAGGGGUUUGUCACUCAGGGUAAGGUGGAUGAGAUUGUUGUGCUGUGGAACAACCUGUCAGAUCAUGACAGGGGCACUCUCAUCUAUCCCCCCCGCCACCGUGACAGAGUCCUGAAGGGUCGCUUCAAGGUCAGCCAUUCGAAGACCAAUGUGAUCCCUGGGACGGAGAGUCUGAAGAGAUGCUUCCUUGGUGAAGGUGGACCAGCUCAGUGGCCCAGCACAAGCCGUGUAGUGGAAGCCAUCUGCCUGGCUCUCUGCCGAAUCUAUCCUGCCGGUCAGACCAUCGCUGGAGUCCGGAUAAAUCGAUGGGCUGCCAUCCUUAGGGAUUACAGGAUGAUCCGUGACAUAGUCCUGGGCAGCCCCGGAAUCAUGGCUCAAACCAAAUUAAAACUGUUUGAGCUAAACCAGCUCACUAUCUCUCAGUGGCACAAUGCCCGAAUAAAGAAGCAAGAGAGGGAGGUAUUGCAGCAGGACAUUGAGCCUUUUACUGCUCCUUUGGUGGCCCCUGAACAGCUCCCACCGGUACUGCCAAAACUACCGGAAGCAAUCCAGCAUGGUCACUCAUCCUUUGAGUUUAAAAUACCACAGGAUGCUUCCGGACAGGCAGCACCGCGUUCUCGAGGCCAGCUUCCUCCAGGGGGUUUGACACCAGCACCUCAAGUCCCUCCUGCCACUUCUGCCCCUGUGUCUGUACCUGCUGCUGCUGCACAUACAUCUACCAGAGCUACCGCAGCACCUGCAAUGCUCAUACCUGUUGUGGGAGCAGAUGAGCAGAGGGUGCCCAGGACCACAGCAUGGCGGCGAAAGAAGCUGGUAGAGGCAGCCGCAGCAGCUGCAGCUCAAGGUUUGGCUGCUAGGAAGAGGAAGUUACCUCAGCAGUUCCUUUGCCAAAAGUGUUGGCAGCCCAAGACUAAAGAAUUUGGCCACAGCCAGUUCAGGGGUGUCCACUUUUGUGCAAAGGUUUCUGGGAAGACUGUGGCACAGUGGAUGGAGGAAGUCAAGAAAGGAGAGAAAAAAUAAUUGAAAAAUCAGUUGAAGUUAUUUUAUUGUUAAGAUUUUGUUUUGUUUUAG